CCCUUUUCAGAAACCAUGGUGGCAACACUGCCUCUGUCACUGUCAGUGUCAGUCGGGCAUAAAGUAGUUAUAAAGUGAAAGCAAAGCGAAGCGGCCGUUAGCACGCAUUUACUCGUAGAGCUCGUUUUAGCAGUUCUUUCUUGUAUUUAUUUAAUAUUUAUUGCUCAAAUUAAUUGGGUGCUUGACAAUUUUAACCAAGUACUCCCGCUCUUCGCCUGUUCACAUAGUAACCAUUCACCACUUAUAUCUGUAUAUUUUAUAAGUUUUGUUUGGUCAGAACUAAGACAAUAACCGAACAAUAACAUUGUUUAAAAUUUGUUUCUUUUGUGAUAUGAAUGCUAUAAUUAUUAGAAUUGCGAUACGUUGAAGUUCGAUGUGUAGUGUGUUACGCGAGUGGUUUGUAGUGUUGUUGGGCGGGCGGUGAGCGGCGGCCGCCAGCAUGUCGGGGGCGGCGCCGGCGUCGGCGUUGGUGUCCGAGGCGCCAGCGCUGCAGGACCGCGAUGUGGAGCCUCGCACACCCAUGAAGCGCCUCGGCUCUACUAGGAAAUUAGCUGCUUUCAGCAAUAUCCGCAUCCAGCUGUCGGAGCAGACGCGCGUGCUGGAGGCGCGCGCGGAGGCGACGGCGGGCGUGGCGGGCGAGCUGCACGACUACUGUCGCCGGCGCGCCGACCUCGAGCACGAGUACUCGCGGGCGCUGGACAAACUCGCGCGCGCCGCCCACCAGCGGCACAAGGACCAGAAACACAAACGCGAGCAGUGGCCGCUGACGGGCGCGUUCGCUUGCUGGCAGGCGGCGCUGGAGAGCACGCGCGCGUUGUCGCGCGACCACGCGUCGCUGGGGGAGCUGUAUGGCGGCCCGCUCGCGGCCCGGCUGCAGCGCGCCGCCGACGACGCGCUGCGGCUGCAUCGCAAGUGUAAGGAUAUAGUGGCGGAGCGUCACGAGGAGGUGGGGCAGGCGCUAGCGGAGGCGGGCGCGGCGGGCAAAGCGCACGCGGCCGCUGCGGCCGAGUGGCGGGCCGCCGCACUCAAGCUGCGGCGCGCGCACGACCAGCGACUGCGGCUCCUGGCGCUGGACCCGCCCCGGCACAAGAAGAUCAAGGCGCUCGACAAGGAGCUCGACAAGCGUCGCGCGAGGCACAGCGAGGCGCGGGUGCGGGCGCUGCGGGCGCGAGCCGACUACGCGCUCAGCCUCGAGGCCGCCAACGCCACGCUGCAGCGAUACUACCUCGACGAUAUCGCAGACAUCAUGCUGUGUGCGGAGGUGGGUUUCGGCGCGGUGGUGUCCCGCGCGGCGGUGUGCGCCGGCGCGGCCGAGGCGGCGCGGGGGCGGGCCGCCCUCACCGCGGGGGCUGCGCUGCGGGCCGCGGGGCUCGCGCUGGACGCGCACGCGGACCGCACCAGGACUAUGGACCACCACGCGCCCGCCUUCCAGCUGCCCGCGCCGCUGCCCUACCAGGGCGCGCCCGCGUCUAGACAGGUACUGGGGCGGGGGCGGGGGCGGGGGCGGGGGCGGGCCGCCCUCACCGCGGGGGCUGCGCUGCGGGCCGCGGGGCUCGCGCUGGACGCGCACGCGGACCGCACCAGGACUAUGGACCACCACGCGCCCGCCUUCCAGCUGCCCGCGCCGCUGCCCUACCAGGGCGCGCCCGCGUCUAGACAGGUACUGGGGCGGGGGCGGGGGCGGGGGCGGGGGCGGGCCGCCCUCACCGCGGGGGCUGCGCUGCGGGCCGCGGGGCUCGCGCUGGACGCGCACGCGGACCGCACCAGGACUAUGGACCACCACGCGCCCGCCUUCCAGCUGCCCGCGCCGCUGCCCUACCAGGGCGCGCCCGCGUCUAGACAGGAUGCGGAGAUGCAAACAUUAGUGGAAGGUGCCGUAGAGCAGGCGGCGGCGGAGGCGGAGGCGGGGGCGGCGCGCUCCGAGCUGGCGGCGCGGCUGCUGCAGCUGCAGGCUGCUGCGCGACUGCUGCAUGCCGAGUGCAGCGAGGCGGCCAAGACGCUCGACGCCGCCGAGGCCGAGCUGUUGCGACAGAUUGAAGGCAGCGACGAGCAAUGGGACGUGAGCGGUCUGUUCGGCGAGAACGCGGCUCGGAACGUCGGGGCCCUCGCCGCCGCCGCGGACGACCCCGAGCCGCGCCGGGACCAGGAGGACUACUAUCUGGCGAAAUUCCGCGCGUACGUGUCUUGCGCGGGUCGGCUGGCCCGCGUGGAGGCGCGCGCGGCGGCGGCGCGGGCGCGGCUCGGUGACGGCGCGGGCGCGGGCGCGGACACGUCCCCCCCUCCCCCGCCCCCGUCGCCGCCCCGUCGCGCGGCGGCGCGUGCGCGGCGCGACCGGUUCGCGGCGCCGCUCGACGACCGCCUGCCGCUCGUGCUCACCUCCUGCGUGCGCGUCAUCGCCACCUACGGACUCAAGCACCAGGGGAUAUUCCGCGUCUCCGGAUCCCAGGUGGAGAUGCAGUCGCUACGCGCCGCGUUCGAGCGAGGGGAGGACCCGCUGGCCGGCGCACGAGACGCCUCCGACGUCAACAGCGUGUGCGGUCUGCUGAAGCUGUUCCUGCGCGAGCUGCGUCCGCCGCCGCUGCCGCCGCGGCUGCACGACUCGCUGACUCGACUCGCCGCCGCGCCCGACGACGACAACACGCGUCGCCGGCUGCGGGCCGUCCUCGCCGCGCUGCCCGCGCCCAACAUGCUGCUGCUGCGAUACCUGUUCGCCUUCCUGGCGCAUUUGACGGAGUACAGCGAGUAUAACAUGAUGGACGCGUGGAACCUGGCCAUCUGCCUGGGGCCCACCCUGCUGGCGGCGUGGGGGGAGGGGGGGGCCCAGGUCACCGCCCAGAACCUCGUCAACGAGCUCGUGAAGCGGGUCAUCCUGCACCAUCACUCCCUCUUCCCCCAGGACAUCGCGCCCCAUACGCUGUACACCAGGCAGUUUCCAAGCGCGGAGGAGUCGGACGAGCCGGACUCGCGCGACGACCUGUCGCUCUACGACGACGACGACGACGACAUCAGCGAGGAUGGCGAAAGCGGCGAGUGGCAGGAUUCCAACUCUACCGAGAAUAGGUCGACGGGUGCGGGGUCGGGUCCGGGGUCGGGGUCGGGGCCGGGGCCGGGGCCGGGGCCGGGGCCGGGGUCGGGGCCGGGGUCGGGGCCUGGGUCGGGUCCGGGUCCGGGGCAGGCAGCAGGCCCGGCCGGUGUGGCGGCUCAUGACCUGCAGGAGCCGGCCGAGCCCGCGCCCGCGGCCGCGCCCCAAGCAGACCUGCCCCCCGUCUCUACGCCGCACUGCAGCAGGCGGCUAGCGGAGAGCACUCCGGACCUGGUGCUGGACCUGCCCGCGCGCGCCGCGACCGGCCCGGGCCCCGCCCCCGACCCUGACCCCGCCCUCGCGCCCGAGUCCGACCCUGCGUCCGACCCCGCGCCCGACCCCACCCCUUCACCCGCCCCUGUGACUGCGGACGCCGCAUCAGACUCCGCCGACACUUUCCUUCAUAAUCGGGACACGCUCAAGAAACGACCUGCUAGCAGGCGAACACCCGGUCCGGAGGACGCUAAACCGGAGGGAGACAGUAUCGCCGCGUCGGAUGGUGACGCGACGGUCGCCCCGCACGAGGCCGGCUCCGGGAGCGAGACGGGCAGCGAGGCGGGCAGCGACACGGGCACGGGCAGCCCCGUGCCGGCGCGCAACACGGCGCGCGUGGCGGCCAAGUUCGCCGACCUCACGCUGACGGGCGGGUCGCUCAAGCCCGCGCUGGCCGCCAAGCCCGCCCUGCUGCGCCGCCCCACGCCGCACCCCCGCGCCGCCCCGCCCGCCCCGCCCACCCCCGCGCGCUCCGACCCGCCCUGCUAACGUCCGCGCGCCCGGCCACCUAGUCCUUAAGAGUGUAUCGUUUUGUACCCGACCCUAUAUACAUAAUGUUUAUUUUUGUAUGCGCGGGGCGGCGGCGCAGAUGUGAAUAUUUUUGUAGACGUUUUGAAGCGGGGCCGCGCCCUCGCCCGCUCGUGUGAUAUGACGAUGUAUGCGAUGAUGAUGCGCUUCGAGCCGGCGCCGAACGCCGAUUCGACGCAUCGAAUGACUCGAAAUACCUGUAAACGCGCACUCAAUAAACCAGUAUUACCGAUGCGGGAGACUUUUAUUUAUCACCCGGC